AUGACGUCUUCUCAACUGUGUCCUCUGAUGCUGUUAGUAUUGAGCGGUGUGUUUCUUGCUGCUACAUACAAAGUGAAGUCAGUAUCAGUGACCAAGGGAGAUUCUGUCACUUUAAACACUGAUGUUACUGAAAUACAGAGCUUUGAUUACAUUUUGUGGAUGUUUGGACCUCGAGAUACUCAUAUUGCUGAGAUCUUCAGGCAGAACAUUAACAAGUUUGACAGCAAUGAGAUAUUUGGAGACAGACUCAAGAUAGACAGACAAACUGGAUCUCUGACCAUCACAAACAUCACAACUGAACUCUCUGGACUUUAUAAACUCACCAUCAUCAGCAAGAGGCUAAAUUCCAAUCAGAGGUUCAAUGUUAUUCUCUAUGCUCCUCUACCUGUUCCUGUCAUCAGCAGUUACUCUACAACAUGUCCUUCAUCAUCAUCAUCAUCAGUGUCCAGAUGUUCAGUGUUGUGUUCAGUGUUGAAUGUGAGUGCUGUGAGUCUCUCCUGGUACAAAGGAAACAGUGUAUUGUCCAGCAUCAGUGUGUCUGAUCUCAGCAUCAGUCUCUCUCUACCUCUGGAGGUGGAAUAUCAGGAUAAAAACACCUACAGCUGUGUGAUCAACAACACCAUCACAAACCGCACCACACAUCUGGACAUCAGUGAAAUCUAUCGCACAUGUUCAGACUCUGACCAGUGUUGUGGAUUUACUGAUGCUGUGAUACGAUUGGUCAUCUCUGCUGUAGUGGGCGUGGCUACUGUUGCUGCAGUCAUUUAUGACAUCAUAUCUGAACGUUCAGAAAGACAGCGUAUAAAAAACAGCAGGAGGCGAUAUAUUCAGAUCUAACACACUUUUAGAUUUAGGUUUUAAAGAAUCAGGCAGUUUAACUGAUGAAUCUUGUUAAACAAAUCAACUCAUUCAUUAAGUGGCAAAACUCCUUUCUGGAUCAAAAAAUAAAUAAAUAAACACUUUAUCCCUGCAACAAGCUAUUACUGAAAAUGUGAAAUACUGCUUUCUGUUGUGUACCUUACAAUUAGUUAUUACUGUG